GAUCUCCCAGUGACUUGUGCCACUAGUGGUGGUGGGUACCUAUGGCUGGGGGACGUGGACGGCUUCAUGCAUUGCUUAGACGCUACCUUUGUGUUCUCUUCCUUUCGUGCUCAUAACGCCGGUCCGGUACGCCUUUGUCAGCAGGUUCCCGGUGUGGAAUCUCAACUUCUUGUUACAGUUGGUGUUUCUAGUGACGAUUCCAUUGGCGGAACAAGGAAGGAGGAAGAGCGAGUGUGCGUUUGGAACACUAAAAAAUGGUCUCUAACUUCCAAGACCUCUUUCCCAGUAUGCUGUCGCAGUGUCAAAACAGCUGCUACCACGGCUGCGACUGCUUCGGCCAUUUUGGAUGAGGUCAUUUGUCUUGAAGUCGCUUCCACCAUGGAUGUCAUCCUUCUGGGCCAUAACAGUGGCGCUGUUCAACUUAUCAGAGGCGAUAUUACUUCAGAUCGGCAGUGCCGACGUUUGGUGUUGUACGAAUUUACAUCUCCAGUGACCGGUCUGCACUACAUUCCUGCACCCCUCACAUCAACUAUUGGGAAACGACACAAGGGCAGACAUGCCCCUGACCAGGUCAUGCCAGGCUCAGACUCGGGGUCUGUUUCAUCUGCCUCACCCCUAAUUGCUAAACCCACACCGUCUAGCGUCUACAUCUACGCAGCGUCAGAAAAUAAACUCGUUGGUAUCAAAUUGGGAAAGAAGGAUGAGCCUGUCCGAACUACAAUCUUGGACACCUUCGGUUGCCGCCGUAAUUGCUCUUGUCUGGUCGCAGAUCCGGAGAAACCGGGUCAGAAACUUCUCGCCAUGGCACACAAGGAGGCUGUAUACUUCUACGAUCCGGAUGGUAGAGGACCCUGUCUGGCUAUUGCGGGUAGCAAACUAGCCAUUGCCGUGUACAAGAACUACUUCGUCUCCAUCAGAUGCAACAAAUCAGGAGAUAAUCAAAUUGACUUCCCAAAUGCACAAUCAUCAGUUUCUCUCUUUGAGUACAGAAAUAAAUUCACUGGGGGUGAAUUUGUCCUCCCUUGGGCUCACUCUAUCAUUACGGGUUUCGGCGGUCUCUUUGUGCUCUGUGUCGAGGAGAGCUCCAAAAUUGUAGAGCUUGUUGAAAAAGACACUCAAUCGAUGUUGGACAUACUGUUUGCGAGAAAGAGCUUCAAUCUUGCCCUCGAAAUAGCUGAGUCGGAUAAUUACAGCGAGGAGGAACUAGCUCACAUACACAGAAGAUAUGCAGAUCAUCUCUUCAAUAAAAAGCAGUAUGAUCUUGCUGUGAAGGAGUACAUUCAAACUAUUGGAACGGUUGAGGCCUCCUAUGUGGUCUUGCGGUUUCUGGAAAGUGGUCUGAUCACCCAUUUGGUACAGUACUUGGAAGCUCUGGUGGAAUCCGACAAUAUGGUAAAUGGCCGUCUUACCAAGGAUCACACAGCUCUGCUUCUUAAUAGCUACGCUCGCCUUGACGACAAGGAACGAAUUGAAGCUUUUCUUGAUAGGCUCGCUACUCAACAGUCAGUGGGUUCGGAGUUCUGCUCCUGUGUCAACGUCUUGCGGCGGGCGGGUUACCCACAUCAAGCUCUACGGCUUGCUCAAAUCACUAACAAUCACGCCGACUCCAUCCGAAUCUUAACAGAGGAUCUAAAGGAUGCUGAAGCUGCGAUCAAGGAGAUUACUUCCCUUCCAUUCGAUCAGGCUCUCGAAGCUGUGUGUACCUAUGGUGCUUUUUUGAUCGAAACUGCUCCAUCUGCGACAGCAGAACUCUUGGAUGGACUCUGUUCGAACCCUGCGGGUGGGCGCAUAAGCGCUUCACAGUUUAUCAAAAUAUUCGUUAACAACCGCCUCGGACUGAUGAAAUUUCUCGAGCGUUACAUUGAGAAAAGUACAUCUACCGAUGCCUGUUUGACGGAUGUGGUUGAGACUUUGCUGGAAUUACUUCUUUACGAAAUCAACGAGGUUGUUGCUGAUGCAAGCAUUAAAGACAAAGACACCCAGUUAGCCCAUCUUCGUGGUCUUAUUAUGCGUCUUCUUGAAGAUCCUAGGGCUACUUACGAUGAGGGCAAAGCACUUAUUUUGUGCAAACAGAGGAACUUCCUUCCUGGUUGCCUGUACAUUUGGAUGAAGAGCAAACAGUACGAUCAGAUCAUGGAGCAUUACAUCUUGGAGGACAACUUUGAGGCCAUUUUGAAGGCUUGUGAGGAAUAUGGAGACGAAGUGCCCUCUCUCUGGUUUGAGGCCUUUAAGUAUGCUGCGGAUAAGCCCAAACUUGGUGAACAUCUACCACGGCUCCUAUCGGAAAUUGAGUCUCGUAAUUUGGUAUCCCCAUUGGUCGUUCUCCAACUCCUAGCUUUGCCAGAUGCUGAAAAGUGCCACACCCUUGGUACAGUCAAGGCUUACUUUCUGCACUACCUUGAAUCAGGUAAGGAGAAGGUGGAAGCAAAUGAGGCAAAAAUGCAACGUUUGCGAGAGGAGACGUUACGGAAUCGUGAAAUUGCUCGACAAAGCAAAACCAGAGUGAAAAUUUUUCAACAACAGAAGUGUGCUGUUUGCAAUCAGGCGUUGGAACCGCCAUCAAUUCACUUCCUCUGUGACCAUUCAUAUCAUAAGUCGUGUUUCGAUACCUAUUCUUCCGACGAUCAACUUUGUCCGGAAUGCGCGCCUCUUAUUAGACGAGGCUUGUUGGAAAGCGGUAAAACAACUCAAUCACCUUUGGGUUCAGCGGACCUUUUGGCGGAGUUAGAAAUAUCACUCAGUUUAGAGAAUGCGGAUCUCUCAACCACACUUAGCAAAGCAAUUGCCAAAGGCAUAGCUUCUGAAUCGUCUACUAGUGGUGUCGCCACACUUGCCUCACAUCCACCGAAGCCACUUCCAUCCAGUCCCGCCCUGCCAAGAAUACCUUCCGUUACUCCAUCCAAAACUCCAUUUGAUGACUUGCUGACAAAAAAAACUGUGGCUGCGUUGGGGGAUUCAGGUCGCGGUGAAAGUUUGUCCAGUGGAUUGAAGCAGCCAUCAACAUCAUCCUCUGCCCCUGUCCUUGAUUCUGGUGUUGUUUUGCCAACUAAGAAGGUCUCAAAAGUUGCCUCAAAUCCUUUCGGCGAGGACAAUGAUGACGAGGAAGCGGAGGGUGUAGGAGAGAAAGGCGUAGCAAAAUUGACAAACGCACCUGUGGUUGCGUACCCACAUCACCUUAAUCCUUUCUGA